GGGGGGAGCGGGGCUGCAGAGCGGACGGUCCGACUGCCUCCGACCGAGCCGAGCCGCCGAGCCGAGCCGCCGCCCAGCGGGACCAUGGCCACCGGAUCUCAUACCAAUAUGAUUUCAGCUCAGCAGCCUCCAGGUGGACGGGGACCAUAUGUGGAGAUAAUUGAACAACCCAGGCAAAGGGGCAUGCGCUUCCGGUAUAAAUGUGAAGGGCGGUCAGCAGGAAGCAUUCCAGGGGAACACAGCACUGACAAUAAUCGAACAUACCCUUCCAUACAGAUUAUGAACUGCUACGGAAGAGGGAAGGGAAAAGUGAGAAUCACUUUAGUAACAAAGAAUGAACCAUACAAACCUCAUCCUCAUGACCUAGUUGGAAAAGACUGCAGAGAUGGCUACUACGAAGCAGAGUUUGGGCAGGAUCGCAGAGCUUUAUGUUUUCAAAACUUGGGUAUUCGGUGUGUGAAAAAAAAAGAAGUGAAAGAAGCCAUCAUUUCACGAAUUGCAACAGAAAUCAAUCCUUUCAAUGUCCCUGAAGAACAGCUACUGAACAUUGAAGAUUGUGAUCUCAAUGUGGUGAGACUAUGUUUUCAAGUUUUCCUUCUUGAUGAACAUGGCAAUUUAACUUCUGCCCUUCCUCCGGUGGUGUCUAACCCAAUUUAUGAUAACCGUGCUCCCAACACUGCGGAAUUGAGGAUUUGCCGUGUGAACAGGAACUGUGGAAGCGUCAGAGGAGGGGAUGAAAUAUUUUUGCUUUGUGAUAAGGUUCAGAAAGAUGACAUAGAAGUUCGAUUUGUUUUGAAUGAUUGGGAAGCUAAAGGUAGCUUUUCACAAGCAGAUGUUCACCGCCAAGUAGCCAUUGUAUUUAGGACUCCACCAUAUAAUAAAGUUAUAACUGAACCAGUUACAGUAAAAAUGCAGUUACGAAGACCUUCUGACCAAGAAGUUAGUGACCCCAUGGAUUUCAGAUAUUUGCCUGAUGAAAAAGAUCCUUAUGGUAAUAAAGCAAAGAAACAAAGGACGCCUUUAACUUUACAGAAGCUCCUUCACAGUUAUGGUCCAAGUAUUUCAGAAAGACCUAAAGCGUGUCCUCCACGACCUCCUGGAGACCUUACUGGAGUAAGAAUGAUAAAGAAAGAACCCAAUUUGAUUUCUCAAGUUGCACCUCUGACAGAAAUGCACAGAACUUCUUCGGGAACGACCAGUCAAAUUGCAUCUUAUUAUCCUCCAUCUAUCAGCAACCCAAAUGCAAUUCCACAUCAUGCCUCAAAUAUUCGCCCCAUGAUCCAUGGGACGUCUUCCAGCUGGUCUUCACUGACUCUCCCGGUGACACCACCCAACAGUUUUUCUCCAGCUCCCCUCCAUCCUAAUUCCCAAGGUCACCAGUCAUUUCCAGAAAUGUCUAAUCACCUGAGUAGUAUAGGUUCAAAUCCCUGCCUUUAUAUGGACACAAAUGGAACAGAUGGAAUUGGGAAUUUGCCUAUCCCACAGACUGACGUGUUCAGUGCUUCUAACUCCACCAUGCUACCGAAUCAUCCCAUGAAUAGCACAGCUCCUAAUAAUGAUGGCGAUAUGGAGACUGAUGAUCUAAGAUUUUUGAGCAUGAACCUAGAACCUCAGUCGUAUCCAGUGUUGAGUACCAAGGACUACAGAAGACAGAUGCACCAGAUGCCGUCUACCAGCGUAGCAGCUCAUGGUUCCGGUGCUGCCCCAUUUGUUUCACAGUCAGAAGCAUUCGAGUCAGUCAACCUCAGCUGCCUGAAUAAUAGCAUACUGAAUGAAUCGCCUGCCUCAAAUCACCCUAAUCCAAAUAAUCACAAUUAUGAUCAGAGUAAUCAGUAUUAUGUUGCAGAUGGGCUGCAAAGUGAGGAUCAUUAUAAUUCCUUUGAAGUCAAUUUAGACUUCUUUAACUCAUAACUCGUCUGAUCGGAAAUGGAGUUCGACGUGCAGGAUAUGUGAUUUAUAGUUAUUUUGAUAUAUUAAGUCUAUAUUGCUACAAGAAGGUAAUUUUUUUAUUUUUCAGAUUCUCAAGGCAUUGUAUCUUCAAGAUGUAUCGUAAAAAGAUUAAAUUAACUCAGCCACUAAAUACUUUUUAAGAAAACUAUUUUAGGAAAGGGAUAGGAAACUGUACAUUUAUAUGGGUCCCGAAAUUUUGAAUGCAGUGUGAGGGGGGGGAAAAAUCGAUAUAGAAUAAUUUCUUGAGGAUUUAUUGAACUUUCUUUUUUAAAAGAUGCUUAUUAUAAAAUUCUAACCGAGUCCUUGCUCCCUUCCCCGCAAUGGACAUGCACACUUUUAUGGGUGUAUAACUUGACUCAUUUGCUUUCCAGCAAAUUUAUAAGUACAUUCAGUCCUUCCAUAACACGGGUUUUUAUUGUGGUUAUGAGGCAGGGAAUUAGGGAACGUUCUUCUGGCCAUACCCAUCCGUCAGUAUAGAAUGUAAUGAGCUGGAGGAAGAAACAGUUCUCUGCAAACACCCGACACCGGUUAAAGCCACACACGAGGUUUUCAUUACUUGGGAAUCUGUCAGGAACGUGGCCCCCACCUUAUAGGAGGACUGAGUGUAUAAACUGUAAUGGCUAUGUCAUUGAAAAAGCAAAUUCGUUGUUUCAUUGUGCCUCACAGGCCUCAGGUGACCCCCAAGGGGUCUCUUGCUGAUCCAGGGAUAUUGACUGAUUACUCUGCACCCAGUAAGCAGGAAAGCUACACUUUUUUUCUUCUUUUUUGAAUGGUAUUUAAGUGCUUACUAUGUGCCAGGCACUGUUCCAAGCGCUGAAUAAAUACCAUUGAUUGAUUAAGUAAUGAAUAUCAUGUGUUAGGUUUACAGUAUGCAGAUUCUGACCAAAACAUUUUUUUCCUCACUAAAAAUGUCAAAAAUAAUGCCGGCUCUGGGCAGGUAGGGCCAAUAUGUUUUUCAACUUACAGCCAAUUUUCAGUAACAGUGGAAAAGGGAAUGGCUAGACGUUCGGCGUUCAGUUCAGCCUUUGGCCUGAAUCUGAAAUCGAUCCAGGGUGUCGGAGGCAGAAAGUGGGAAAUGAGAGUGGCACUCUUUCUGCAGCCCCGAGUAUCAGGGCCUUCCUAGCAAGAAUCGGCAAGUCCAUUCCUCCCCGUCGAGAGGACUCUCUGACACACUUGAACAAAGCCAAGUUUCCUAAUGCAGCACAUGAUGAAAAGACCCUGAACAAUGAACUUUCCCCCAAAAACAAGAGUCUCUCAGGGUGCCCAGUUGUAUUAUUAAGGCGAUAGUUUACGUUUGCAGAUCACUUUUCCUUCCAGUAUUUCCCCCGGUGACUUUGUUUUUGUUUCUCUGCUCUUUUAUGGUUUGACUUUAGCAGUAACAUAUAAUUCCCCUAGAUGUGGCCCUCUGUGAUUUCUACUGACUACAGUUCAACAGUUUAAAAAACGAACAAGUUCUCAAGUCUCCUCCACUGUUUUGCAAAUGGUAGCAUUUGUUCUUUGAACAAAAAUUAAGCCUCUCGCAUGUUUUGCACAGUCUUUUUUUAGGAAUGGUAUGAUGAAACUGGAUGUAUUUCGUUUUGAGUGUCUCUGUGUGUUAAUUUACUUCGCAGCCUAAUUUUCAUUUUUCAGGUGCUACUUAGUGAUACAAACUAGAAUUACGUGAAUAUCCAAAAUUAUUUUUCAUGGGUGUCAAAAGGCUACAAGUAAUUUUGAAAAUACAUCAACAGUCUUUUCACAGUCUCUGUGAAAGGCUUCAGCCGCCCCCAUGAGAUUUUCUUGGAUGAGCAUGUCUGUAGGAAUGGUUUCCUCGCCUCCUCAAUCUCUCCUGUCUAAAGGGAAAACUUAUGUAUUGUGGCAAAGAAGGCUUUCUGGGCAGCCCAACUUCCUUGACUAAUGGAAAAAAAGGGAAAGGUUGUUUUGUUUUGUUUUUUUUAGGCUGGGUUAAAAUACUGUGGGGUGGGAUUUAGGUUUCAGCAGAAAAGGUUUCAACUACCAAAAGACGGAGCAUUGCGUACAAUCCUCCUGAUUGAGCGUGACUGUCAUAUCUCCACUUCCUGAUCCCCAAUCCAACUCUCUCAUCCGGAUUACUCAUCUCACCCUUAUAAACCCUGCCUCAGUCAAGGGGACCAGGAGAAGAAAAGUCUAGAAGCAACAGAAGUGCAUGCACUUUGUGGUUGUACCAUUAUUCUGUUGGGCGCCUGGGUCUUACUAAGGGGACCCUGAAAGUCGAGAGUAGGAGAAGCUUAGUGAAGAGCAAAGCUCUAGUAACAGCCCUGUCUUGUCACUUGGAGAAGCAUUGGCUGUUGAGUAUCGACUCUGACUUACUCUCCUCUCAGCCUUUGUCAACUUGACUCUUUUUAAUUUUACUCCCUCUUCUCUUUAUUUUCAUUUCUUCUACUCGUCACUGCAAAUCCAGAAGCUGGUGUUUUGUUUUAAGGCAGUGAAAUGAAAUGGAAGAUCAUGUCGGUGUGUGUGUGUUCACCUUAGAUUGUAAACUGUGGGAUAGGGUACGUGUAUGAAUGGUCUCCUCGUGAUUUCUGUGGCACCCUCCCAUUUAUUCCAAGUACUCACCCAGAAAAUAGUUGCUGAUGACAAGUAAAAGUUUGGCGUGAUGCAGCUCUGAACUGACUUCAAAAAGUAUUUGAAGUGUGUCCUUUCUAGGAGAUCUAGCCAUCCCUCCCCUCCUCUGGCCAUGAACCUGCCAGACACUUUGACUUUAUUACAGUAUUUAGGCAGCUUCAUUGCUUUGCUGUGGUUUACAGUAUGAAGGGGUGGGGUGACUCAGGUUCUCUGAGUGACUUUUCACACAACAGUUAAAGAUGCCGCUGAUACAUUUGAAUGAGAUUCCUAUUGUUUCGAUAACCUGACAUGGUGAGAUUUGAAGAUUGGAAAGUGGUUAAUGUUGCGGGAAAUUAGAGGCAGUGAGGAAGUUGAAUUCUGGAGGAGUGGAGAUUGAGCCAAAUUUAUUCAUUCCUACCCUUUGGGUAUUAAAGUUUUUCCCUUUUAAAGUUCCACAAUAUGGUAGAAUAUUCUAUUACUAUAGUAUCCAUGAAUCUCCUGGUAAAUCAUGGGAGAGAAGACUUGAGAUUUCCUCCAUUGUCUAAGAAUGUAGAACUUGGUGUAUGUGUGUCAUUUGUAAACCUCCUGUUGUUAAAUUAUGAUACUUUAAUUAUUAGAGUGAGUUAAAUCUCAACGUGGAUGGGGCUAAGAUUGACUUCUAUAGGCAACUAUGAGUUUGAAGAAGCUGCAGCAUGGUGUGAAGGGUCUGAAAAGACUGUUCAGCCAACCAUACUGCGCAUUUGAAAACUGCCUUUUGCUAUCCUGCUACAUUUCUCAUUUGCAACAGCUAAUACUGGUUUUGGUUUAGCCUCUCAAUAUUGUUAUCUCUCCCAAGCGCCUUCCCACGAGGAGACAUCCCUUUACACAUUGCCACAUGACUGUUUGGUCUCUCAAGUCACUGUCCCUCUCAACAGUUUGCUGCCGUGUAGCAUUGUUUGAGAUUGUAUUCCAAGCCUUUGAAAUGUUCCUUCUGUCCUCUGGUCACUCCUUUUCAGCCAAUCAGAACAGCUGCUGUUUGGUUGUUUCUUCAGAUUUUUUAUAGGACAAAUCUAAAUCUUGCCAUUUUAGAUUAGUUGUGGUAUUUAUUAAGCACUUACUACAAUGUGCCAAAUCCUGGGAUAGAAACAAGAUACUUAAUAGUGGGAUUUAAGAGUAACUUGCUGGCCUGAAAUAAAACCUGUAGCAGGAGCAGCAAAGAUGGCCCCCUUGGGAGUGCAACCUUUUCUGCUAAAAAGCUGAAACUGCUGUUUUUGGAUCACCCUUAAAAUAGAUUAUUUUAGUCACUACUUGAGAUGUUUCUGUACAAAUUAACCACAUAUCAUGGGAACGUUGCCAAAUAUUUAUUAAAUGCCUAUGUGUUUAGCAGGUGCAGGAAGAAUUGUUGUGUCCAACAUAAUUUGCACCCGUUGUAGUAAUUAGUCUAUCUUUUGGAUUGCAAGUUGAAAGGUAUUGUUCUGGGCCUCCCCUUGCCUUAUCUUCCCAGUGCUUAGAACAGUGCUUUGCACAUAGCAAGCGCUUAGUAAAUGCCAUUAUUAUUAUCUGCCUUCGUGAUGGAGAAUUAAGACCUAGUCAGUCUUGAUGGUAUAAAUCCAGCUAAAUUAGAAAUGAGUGAGGCCAGGAUUUUUUUUUUUCUUUUAAAUUGAGCUCCAAUUUGUGCAGUGCAAUCCCCGGGGAGAUUCUCCAGAAUCCUGGAGUGACCAUUUUUUUUUACUCCUGCUGCCACUCUUGUCCAUUGGGUGCUCAAAACGAUUGAAUGAAUGAAUGAAAUGUCAUUCUUUGUUCCAUGCACGUUGCAGAUCCUAGAUAACUGUUCCUUGCUAGUCAUCAGGUCACCUGGUGAAGUAGUUUCAGAGAAAAGGGAGUGUUUAUUCACUGUGCAGAGCUUCUUUGGACAGGGCGUAGAUUAGAUGGAUACUUCAGAAUGACUUCCUAAAAGUCUCAUGGCACGUCUUAAUAGUAAUAGUGUUUGGGCCCCUGAUGGGUGCAGCACAUAUUAACUGCUUUUUAAAAAUGGUAUUUGUUAAGCGCUUUCUACGUGCCAGGCACUGAACUAAGC